GUGUCAUUCUCUCCUCGUCAGCCUCGUCAGCACCAUGCAUCGCCAGCAACUCCUCCUGCGGCCUCCUGAAUUCCUCCUGCUCACCAUUCUGCUUAUCUUCGGUGGCGGAGUCUUGUCGAACUGCCCACUGAGCUACAAUGGCUACCAGGCGUGGAAGGCCGGUGGUGAUCUCGGCGUCUUGAACUGCUCCGAUGUCAAUAAGGUCUUGAAUUCCGACCCCCAGCACCGCCUCCUCGUCGCUCGCUGUGUGGGCGACGAGUGGAACGAUACUAACGACCACCAAUGUGAAAACCCAAGUAACCAGUCGAUAACGAAGCAAUGCAACGACUCUGACCCACCGGUGCCCCUGAACGCCGUGGCCAAGAAGAACUUCACGACCGGCGCUGGGGUUCUCUACGGGGUGUUCUUCGAGUGUCAGCCGGAGUUUGUGUGGUACGACAGGGGGUGGCCGGGGCGCCUCACCCAGUGCGAGUAUGGGAAGUGGACUGUCAUCGAUAGCAUCUGUCUGGAAGAAUGCGACUUCCCAAGAGACUGCACCGACGUCUACAACCUCAACUUUAACACGUCCGGGAUCUACAACGUCAGGCCGAGCGUCGACCGUUGUGGGUCUGUGGUUCAAGUGUGGUGUGAGCUGGAGGACGAGGUCGAGGGGGCGUGGACCACGGUGCUUAAGGUCCCGUUCGCGGUUUCCUAUAGGUCAGAAACACGUGAAAAGUUCAUUGGAGGCUUUGGGAAACCGAAUGAGGAGAAAUUCUUCAUCGGGUUCAAAGCUCUGGCCAACCUGACGAUGGGGAAAGACACCUCUCGCCCUCUGGUGCUGCAGGUCUUACUCAACACCUCCGAGGGCCGCCAGCACCACACCACCUACCACAACGUGACCAUCGGCGGGGGGGAAACGUACACCCUCCUGACCCUGGGGGUGGAGCACGGCGACGGGGGCGACGGUCUGCGGGCGGCGGUGGGCCAGGACGUGGUGGGUGAUUCUUCGUAUACGUACUGGUGGAGUAACAGUGGGUCCAACCUCUUCAAUCGCCAGUGGGUGCCGUUCAGGAAGGAAAGUGGAAGCUUGUAUACAAGGAAAGUGGAAGUUCGAGUACGUUCCCAAGACUAUGAUGCUGCCAAGUGGUGUCCGCCCCUUGGGAUAUCGGAGGAGGGAUGGCGGAACGAUUACUACACGCCCUGGGGAGGCUCCGUGCCCAUCAGCCGAGCCCCCGGAGCCCUGGUCAGCGUCACCUGCCUUGGGGAGAUGAUGAAGCAACGGAACGGCAGGAAGUCGAAUGUCUUGCUGUGUGAGGACAAGGGUGAUGGUGUGCCUCCCGCCUGGAAUGACACGCUCUCUCUCCCGUGCGAAAUUGUGUGUCCUGCUGAUUUCCAGAGUUUCUUCGAAGAGCACCUAUGUCUUUGUAGCGCGGAAAUAUCAGAAUCACCGUAUUACGCCACGACCGCCUCCCUAAACUGUGCCGACAGGAGCGGAGCCUCAUUGGCGCUGCCCUUCAACUCGUCUUACCUGACUAAUGUCUCUUACGACAAGCCACUCCUCACCGGCCUCAGAGUGGUGAACGGCACCAUCCUUCCGCGUUAUCCUUCCGGCCUGUCCUGCUCCGGUCAACAAGGGGACGAGGAGUGCGACGUAAACGGCAAACUACACUGUGUGGCCACGGAGGUCCAAAGUACCUACAAGUUGGUGGACUGUGCCGGCAGCGCGGAGUACGAAAAAAGCCUCUGCCAGCUCCCGCCUGCGUGCCCUGAAAAGUACAAGAAUCACGGCGGCUUGUGUUACUCAGUGGUGUCUUCAGUGGACGGCGUGGUGGAGGCGCUGAAGAAGUGUGCCGGUCAGCGCGCCUCCCUGGCCUACCCACAGCGCCUGGAUAAGCUGGACUUCUUCGCACGGAUGGUUAGGGAGGAUGAACUGAAGACAAACGGCGGCAACCUGAGUCAGCCUCGAGAAGUCAUCCUCGGCCUCAACGACGCCCACGGGAACUGGAGCGGCGGUGGGCUGUUCUCUCCUGACGACGACGUGAAGGGCGCGGCGACCACGUCAGACGGAGACCACUGGCGGGUGUUGACGGUGCCCCCCGACCCCGCCAACGCCCCCACGCUGAGCCCCGCCACGCUAGACGCCGGGACCGCCUCACACGCCAUUUGUCAGCUGUUUCUUCCCGAGGGCUGCUUCAACAACACCCCGGCUCCCUCGGCCAACAUGUCUUUGGAUGCGAACAGUGACACUGGAGUGGGCUCAAAAAUCACUUACCGGUGUAACGUAGGCUACUUCGUGGAGGGCAACACCAGCAGGAGGAACCAGACUCUCACCUGCCUGGGCGUCGCCGGGGCCUGGUUCCCGGAGCUGCACGAUUGUUACAUGGCCGAGGUGUGUCUUGAGGAGCUGCCACCGCCACCCUCGCCCCUCGCCACCAACACCACCGACGAGGACCUGCGAUACAUCAACGGCAGCAUCACCUACGAAUGUCCGCCCGGCUUGGCCACAGCGGACGGCGCCGUGAACCAGACCGUCACCUGCUCCCAGACCGACUCCACUGGGGACAGCUUCGCCUUCCAGCCCUCCCAGCUCAGCUCCUGCAACGUGUGCGUCGGGCAGCCCACCGUCGCCAACGCUACAACGAACUGGAACGCCUCGGAAAUCUACACCGUGAACGAGACCGUGAUUGUGACAUGCCCGGACAACCACCUCCUGUACGACCUCGACGACACCUCCGGGGCCCUCAGGUGCUCCGAGAUGGGCUGGGAGGAGUGGUUCUGCUACGAGGCCUGUACUCAGGACCCACCCAGUCCCGGAGCCAACAUGACUCAAGGAAAUGGCACACGGCAGGUGGGACACAACCUUACCUACACCUGUCAGCCCGGCACCUUCAUCCCGCCCCGAGAGCUGUGCGAGGAGCCGCGGACUGAAGUGGAGGUGAUGUGUGAGACGAACUACACAUGGACGUACAAGGAAGACGACCUGGACUGCUACCCACUGUGCCCGGACGAUCCUCCUUACGUGAGGGACAACGUCACCUCCUCGUGGGACGAACUAACCAGGCUUGUCGGGACGCAGGUAAACUUCACCUGCCCCACCAACCACACCUUCCCCGACCUCAAUGACACCAUAAUCGUCACCUGCGAGGAUGACGGGGAGUGGACGACGCUCAACACCUCCUUCCUCACCUGCCGCAUCCCCUGCCCCGACGCUGAGCCUUUCCCAACCCCCGACAACGCCACCGUCGAAUAUGCCCCGAGUUCCGCCCCGUACUGGGUCAGCGACGAGUUUCUCUACAUGUGUCCCGAUGGCUACGUGUCCCCCUUGUCCAACACCAACGCCACCCAGCACUGUGAGGAGGAAGACGGGUGGAUCCUCAGCGAGCCGGGCUUUGGGUGCUACAAGGCGUGCCUCCAGGACCCGCAGCCCGCCCCCGAGCCGGGCAACACCACCUGGGACGGGUUCAGUAGACUCGUGGACACGCAGGUCAAUCUUACCUGCCCCGUCAACCACACCUUCAGCGACUUCAACUCGACCAUCAGCCUCACCUGUAAUGAGGACGGGAACUGGACCUACGUAGACCCUGAGCUGCUCGUCUGCCGCAUAGCAUGCCCUGAGGACCCCCCCGAAGCCCCCGCCAACGCCACAGUGGAGGGCGUUGAUCCCCCUUACUGGGUUGGGGAUAACCUGACGGUGGCGUGCGAGGAGGGGCUGGGGCUGGAGUGGGGGGGCAAAACCGUCAUCAUCCAGUGCCGGGAGGACGGAUGGACCGAGUUGAACCCAGGGUUUAAUUGCACGCCAGCCUGCGACCCCCCACCCUUACCCCCGGGCCGCGCGACGUACAACCACACGGGGCCAACUCUCUGGGGGGUGACGAUCGAGUAUUUCUGCUCCUUUGGGUUCAAUCUCGGUCCCACCAAUCUCACCUCCACCUGCAAAGAGGGAGCCUGGACGCGCACCUCCCUGCCGCCCUGCUUUGGUGAGUGUCAUGUGUUGUAGUAGUAGUAGUAGUAGUAGUAGUAGUAUUGGGAACGCACUAUUUUACGAGGUAUUCUCAUUUCUCUUAUUAUUUUAUCCUCUUCCUCCUCUUUCCUUUAUUAAACUGAUAGAUAGAUAGAUGGAUAGAUACAUACAUACAUAGACAGAUGGAUAUGUUGUAAGAUAGAUAGAUAGAUAGAUAGAUAGAUAUGUAGGUAGAUAAACAGAUAGGUAGAUAGAUGGAAAGAUAGGUCGACAUUUGUAGUACUUCUAUAAGACCUUCUUCUAUAGUCUAAUACUUCCAGCCCUUUAAAUAGAGCAGGAAACUGAUUGCCUUGUGCUGUUUUCAUUCUUUUUUUUUUUACUUUACUGUUUCCUCCUUUUUCUCUCUUACUUGCUCAUUUCUCUCCAGGGCGAGGAAAAAAAAAAAAUAGUUCGUCUUCUUUUUUCUACUUUUCCCGAUGAGUUGCAAUUCUCUCGUCUCGUUGGCAGAUCAAGAAGUAUUGUCCCGUUUUUUCUUAUUUUUUCCUGUCUUUUCUGUCUCGUACUCGAUCUUAUGUUUAAAAGCCAAAAAAAAAAAAAAAAGAAAGAAAGAAGC